AUGGGCAUGAAACACUCCUCCCGCUGCCUGCUCCUAAGGAGGAAAAUGGCGGAGAACGCUGCCGAGAACACCGAGGUUUCAGUCCCCCCCCCGCAGCCCCCUCAGCCCGUCGUCCCACCCAAGCCUGUGCAAUGUGUCCAUCAUGUGUCCACUCAACCCAGCUGCCCAGGACGGGGCAAGAUGUCCAAGCUGCUGAACCCGGAAGAGAUGACCUCGAGAGAUUAUUACUUCGACUCCUACGCCCACUUUGGGAUCCACGAGGAAAUGCUGAAGGAUGAGGUGCGGACACUCACCUACCGGAACUCCAUGUACCACAAUAAGCAUGUGUUCAAGGACAAAGUGGUGCUGGACGUUGGGAGUGGUACUGGGAUCCUUUCCAUGUUUGCUGCCAAAGCAGGGGCCAAGAAAGUAUUUGGGAUUGAAUGUUCCAGUAUUUCUGACUACUCAGAGAAGAUCAUUAAGGCCAACCACUUGGACAACAUCAUCACCAUAUUUAAGGGUAAAGUAGAAGAGGUGGAGCUGCCUGUGGAGAAGGUAGACAUCAUCAUCAGCGAGUGGAUGGGCUACUGUCUGUUCUAUGAGUCAAUGCUCAACACGGUGAUCUUUGCCAGGGACAAGUGGCUGAAACCUGGAGGGCUUAUGUUUCCAGACCGGGCAGCUUUGUACGUGGUAGCAAUUGAAGACAGACAGUACAAGGACUUCAAAAUCCACUGGUGGGAGAAUGUCUAUGGCUUUGAUAUGACCUGUAUCCGGGAUGUUGCCAUGAAGGAGCCCCUGGUGGACAUCGUGGACCCAAAGCAAGUGGUGACCAAUGCCUGUUUAAUAAAGGAAGUGGACAUUUAUACGGUGAAGACGGAAGAGCUGUCGUUCACAUCUGCCUUCUGCCUGCAGAUACAGAGAAAUGACUACAUCCACGCCCUGGUCACCUAUUUUAAUAUUGAAUUUACCAAGUGCCACAAGAAAAUGGGGUUUUCCACAGCCCCCGAUGCCCCCUACACCCACUGGAAGCAGACUGUCUUCUACUUGGAAGAUUACCUCACUGUCCGGAGGGGGGAAGAAAUCUAUGGGACCAUAUCCAUGAAGCCAAAUGCCAAAAACGUGCGAGACCUCGAUUUCACAGUAGAUUUGGAUUUUAAAGGACAGCUGUGUGAAACAUCUGUAUCUAACGACUACAAAAUGCGUUAG